UUCCCCUGCCUGCCUGGGCUGGGUGGCGGUGGUAAGUGGUGAAAGGAGAGAAAAAGGUAAUUUAAAACUCUAAUCGGAGAAGGAAGUCGUUAAGAGAAUUGAAAUGCUGAAGAAGAAUAACAAGAAUUUUAGGAAAAGAAGCAUCCAAGAAGACGAAGGAGAUGACCCCGCCUCCAAAUCGGAUGAUGAAGAAGACAGACGGUUGGCGUUAGAGGAAGUGAAAUUCCUGCAGAAACAGAGGGAGAGGAAAUCAGGAAUACCUGCAAUUCCUUCGGUGCAAACAGGAGGCAUCGUCGCCAAAGUUACUGAAAAGGCCGAAGCUGAUGGAGAAAAGGAGGAGCUUGUUCUUCAAGACACCUUCGCCCAAGAAACCGCCGUCCUAGUUGAGGAUCCAAACAUGAUAAAUUAUGUAGAGCAAGAAUUGGCGAAGAAAAGGGGAAGGAACAUGGAUCUGAAAAAUGAAGUUGAGAAUGAUUUAACACGAGCUGAAGAUGAAUUGUAUAAAAUUCCUGAGCAUCUUAAAGUGAAAAAACGGAAUUCCGAAGAAAGUUCUACUCAAUGGACUACCGGGAUUGCCGAAGUUCAGCUCCCUAUUGAAUACAAGUUAAGAAAUAUAGAGGAAACAGAGGCCGCUAAAAAGCUACUACAGGAAAAACGGCUCAUGGGACGGGCAAAAUCAGAAGUUAGCAUCCCUUCAAGUUACAGUGCUGAUUACUUCCAGCGAGGCAGGGAUUACGCUGAAAAACUUAGAAGAGAACAUCCUGAGCUGUACAAGGACCGAGGUUCACAGGAUGACAAUGCUGGCUCCAAGCCAACUGACGCAAGCAAUGAUGCUGCAGGAAGUAGGCAAGCUGCAACAGAUCAGUUUAUGCUAGAGCGCUUCCGAAAGCGAGAACGCCAACGAGUAAUGCGGAGAUAACACAGUUACAAGAGCAGCAUAUCAAAUUGGGCUUUCAAGCAUCAUGUCCUAUGAUUGGCUGCAAUGCUACUUGUGCACCAAAAUGUCCACUUGGCAACAAUUGGUCAAGUUACUUUAGAAACUGUUGUUGUGACUGUUGUACUAUCGUAAAUUUUCAUGAUCACUGAGAUGGAGUUCUGUUACACUUAAAUACCAGAAACCAAGUAGUAGAAACAUAUUUAGAUGCUUUUUGAAAUUUUUCCCCAACAUAUAAAGACUAUCAAUCUUUACAAGCAA